CGUACAACUCGGCGGAGCAGUUCAGUGCGCGUACAAGUCUCGUGGGUAGCGGAUGCCAGCAAAGAUUUCGCAAAACUCGUUCGUUGCGACGCAGGCUUAGCAGAUUUUUGAAUUUCACAUCGAAGCGAUCGAAUCGAUAUUAAUCGUUUUUUGUGGGAGCAAGAAGGCCAUCAAAGAAUUCUAAAAAUGGCAGCCGUCAACGCAACGCAGGUGGACUAUUGGAACUUUCUGUUCACAGAUCUGGCAGAUCCCCGCACCAAUGACUGGUUCCUGAUCAAGUCUCCACUGCCCCUUCUGGGCAUCCUCGCCUUCUAUCUGUUCUUCGUUCUGUCCUGGGGACCCAAGUUUAUGAAGGAUCGCAAACCUUUCAAACUAGAACGCACCCUGCUUGUCUACAACUUCUUCCAAGUGGUCCUCAGUGUGUGGAUGGUCUACGAGGGUGUCGUUAUCUGGCAAUACUACAGCUGGAGAUGCCAGCCAGUGGAUUGGUCUCGUACUCCCAAGGCCUAUCGUGAGGCACGUGUUGUCUAUGUCUACUAUCUGGCCAAGAUCACUGAGCUGCUGGACACCAUCUUCUUUGUUCUGCGCAAGAACGACCGCCAGGUGACCUUCCUGCAUGUCUACCAUCACACCGUUAUGCCCAUGAUCAGCUGGGGCACCAGCAAGUACUAUCCCGGCGGACACGGUACCUUCAUCGGCUGGAUCAACUCCUUUGUGCACAUCAUCAUGUACUCGUACUACUUCCUCUCCGCCUUCGGACCCCAGAUGCAGAAGUACCUGUGGUGGAAGAAGCACAUCACCAACCUGCAGAUGAUCCAGUUCUGCUGCGCCUUCAUCCACCAGACCCAGCUGCUCUACACGGACUGUGGCUAUCCCAGGUGGUCGGUGUGCUUCACCCUGCCCAACGCGGUCUUCUUCUACUUCCUGUUCAACGAUUUCUACCAGAAGUCCUACAAGAAGAAGCAGGCAGCUGCCAAGGCAAAGGCUUUGACGGCGGAUAACAACAAUGAUGGAUGUGCCAAGGACCUCAACAAGGCCAUUGAACUGCAGCAGGAGAAGCAGAAGGCGUUGUAGAAAGUAGGGCCAAAACCACCCACCGCCAACGGCACAGCCAUCGCCGACCAACCUCACCCACCCACAAUCUCUUCCCCCCUUCAAUACUCGUACAAAAAAAAAAGCGGGACAAAACAAAAAAUCACCCACUAAGAGCCACCCAUGUUCUAUGUGCAACCUUGUUGACUAAUUUCUUAAGUAAUCCGCCGCCAAAAAGACGUUAAGCACGCAAAAACGUAAAGAAAAACAAAAAUAAGAAUCGAGACGAAUAUAUAUAUAUAUUUAGAUAUAUAUAUAUUUGAGCAAAUGAGGUUUUCGAGACACAGAUACACAUAUUAUGUAAAUGUUCAAACAGUUGAAAUUGCUUUUUGCAGCCAUCGUCAUCAUCGCUCGCUCCGUUUGAUGUUUCGCAUCUGGCGGACCAAAUGAAAGAAGUCGUAUGUCUUUCGGCCAAAAACUGAACUAAGUUAAGUAAACAGGCAGAAGAAGCGUUAGUUGUGUAAAUAAGUGUAGGUACGCAUGCGAAUGUGUUUUCUUUAGAUUUUAUAUACGUGUGGUAUGUAAAGUAGGCAUAUACCAUAUACAAAAAAACAAAAAACAAA